CAGUGUUCAGCUUUCAGCCAGCUGCGUUCGUUUGGCUUGCAGUGGUUGUCUUCGUGCUUGUAUUUGGUUUAUUUUGUGAAGAAAAACAUGUUUUCCAUUUUCAAAACAAAUAUCUCAAUCAAGUGCAUCGUUAUUCAGUAAUUAGUGUAUAAAGGUGCCAAUUCCAGUUCAAAAUGCCUACAACACCAGAAUGUGAUUAUGAUAUCGUUUCGAUGGAGGGUCUGUUGUCCCUAUUGAGAAACGAAUCAAAAAACAUCGUGAUCCUCGAUUGUCGCAGUUCGAACGAAUACGGAGAGUCUCAUAUUCGGGAUGCUGUUAAUUUUUCCAUACCAUCAAUCAUGUUGCGUAGGUUGGCCGCUGGUAAGAUUGACCUGGCCUCAACAAUCAAAUGUCGUGAAUUGAAAGCCAAAGUUUGCAAUACUUAUAAAGACAAUUUGUUUGUGCUUUACAAUGACUUAUCUGCAGUUCAACAUCACCAAAGUGACUCUGUUCUCAGUGUUUUGUUGCGGAGGCUGACGCAAGAUGGUUGCCGUGUUGUGUGUCUUGAAGACGGCUUCCACUCGUUCCGCUCCGCCUUCCCCGAAUGGUGCGACAGCUGCUCCGAGCUGCAGCUGGACGCCGACAGCGGCGGCGGCGCCAAUCAACCUCCGGGCAGCGGGGGCGGCGACCCGCUGCCGCUGAUGGGGCUGCGGUCGCUGCGCAUCUCCGCCCCUGCGCCGCCGCUUCCCGCCUCGCAGCUGCAGCGCCGCCAACCGCUGCGCAGCUGCUACGACGGCCUGUCGUCGGCGGCGAACAGCUCGACUGACAGCUCGGAUUGCGACGAUCGCUGCGACAGCUCGCUAGGGCUUGAAGAAGAUAGAGAAUUUCCCGUAGAAAUACUUCCGUACCUGUUCCUUGGAAACGCCGCAAACAGUGAGGAUAGUCAAGCAUUGGCUAAGCACAGUAUACAGUACGUCCUUAACGUCACACCUGACCUACCGAACGUGUUUGAAAAUCAGGGAAGCAUCAAGUACAUGCAGAUCCCCAUCACUGAUCACUGGUCGCAGAAUCUGGCAAGUCAUUUUCCGAAAGCCAUUGAAUUUAUUGAAGAGGCGCGCAGCCGACAGAAAGCUGUCCUCGUCCACUGCCUAGCAGGCGUCUCUCGCUCCGUUACCGUCACCGUCGCCUACUUGAUGUACAAGUGCUCGCUGAACCUGAACGACGCGUUCAACGUGGUGCGCGCCCGAAAACGGAACGUGGCGCCCAACUUCCACUUCAUGGAGCAGCUGCACCGCUUCGAAAGAGAGCUGAAGCUGGACGUGGCUUCGCAGAGUCCGCGGGCUGUGUUGGAGCAGGUGCGCAGGGAGCAGAAGAACCGCGGCGACAGGUCGGACCAGAAGAAGGCGAAAAAGAUCUGCCAGAACUGCGGCCUCAAGGACGACUGCAAGUGCCGGCAGCACAGCGACUUCCUCAGCCCGCUGGCCCAGAUCGGCGUCAGCCCGGACUCGGGCAUCGAGUUCGACAGGUGGGGCUCCGGCACUCCGGGCGAAUGAGACGCGCAGGGGGGGUCCCGUUGGCACUUUUA